AGAAAGGAAAAACUCCAUUAAAAACCUCCAGGCUCUCCUCCAUGUUAGAAAUGAAAUGGAAAAUGGAGUGGAUUUAACAGGAAUCCCUGCUUCUUGCGGCCAAGCUGGAGGAAGGGAGAAGCGAAUUAAAGCCACAGGCUGCUGAUAUUUUUUAAGUCACAAUAAAUACUGAGAACUCCGGGGCAGGAUGAGGAUUUCCUGACUCGGACGAACGGGAGAGGACAGAUCGCUUUUUUAUGAUAUUCCUCGCUGUAUAUUUAAUUUAUUCACCUCGAUGAUUCUCUUGACUGAUCUGGUAAUUGUUAGAAGCGGCUGUGACAGCCUGGAAACAUUAGUAUGAUUUCCUGAGUUUGAGAUUUGCUGCCCCAGGCUCCAAACUCAGGGAAAGUCAAUACAAUCGCACUUCAUUUUUCCUUCAUGUGCACUGGGAAGACCUGGGAGCAGCAAGAGCAGCGGCAGCGGCAGCAGCAGCAAGAAUGAACUGCAAGGAAGAAGAUGACAACUGCACUGACGGGAGCAGCAAUAACACGAAGAAGAUGUUAAAAUGCGUGGUGGUUGGGGAUGGUGCUGUUGGGAAAACCUGUUUGCUGAUGAGUUAUGCCAAUGAUGCCUUCCCAGAGGAGUAUGUCCCCACUGUGUUUGACCACUAUGCAGUAACUGUGACUGUGGGCGGACAACAACACUUGCUGGGACUCUAUGACACUGCAGGGCAGGAGGACUACAACCAGCUGAGACCCCUGUCCUACCCCAACACAGAUGUGUUCUUGAUCUGCUUCUCGGUGGUGAACCCCGCCUCAUACCACAAUGUCCAGGAGGAGUGGGUGCCCGAGCUGAAAGUCUGCAUGCCCAACGUGCCUUACGUCCUCAUAGGAACACAGAUUGAUCUCCGGGAUGAUCCUAAAACUUUGGCUCGUCUGCUUUACAUGAAGGAGAAACCACUCACCUACGAGCAUGGAGUGAAGCUAGCGAAGGAGAUCGGAGCACAAUGCUACCUGGAGUGCUCAGCCCUCACGCAGAAAGGCCUUAAGACUGUCUUCGACGAAGCAAUCCUGACCAUCUUCCACCCCAAGAAGAAGAAGCAGCGUUGUGCAAAGUGCCACAGCUGCUGCACCCUUGUGUGAAGUCACUCGGGAAGACAAGCGAGAUGAGUUCAGUGAAACCAAGCAGGUUAGAAAGGCAAUGAAGGUCACAUGCAACUGAAAUGGGGAACGUGACCAGAAAGGGGUCCUUCUUACCCAAAUAUAGGAGCCCUCCAUUCUGUGAAACCUCCACACUGUAUCAGACUAGGCCAACUCCUGUCUAUGUGCUUUCCUAACCCUCCAGAGCCAUGUGCAGCCUGUUCCCACUACUGCAGACUGCACUGAGCCAGCAGAGACCAGGAUGCCUGCUCCUGCUUGACUCCUCACCUUAGGAAUAAGGUGAAGGUGGUGUGUGG